AUGUCUGCUCUCCGAUCUCUAGUUUCCUCCACAGGCGCUAAAGCAAUUCGACCCACUUCCACCUUCCUUGGUUCCACACAACGUUUGACAGCACACCCUACUAGCCGUCAUAUAUCUGCACCAUUGAUCUCUGCCAGAUAUGAAUCUCAAAGUGCGUUCAGUAAGUUUGUUGAGACUCUGAAGGAACAGAUCAAGAAGAACAGGGAACUACAAGAAUCUGUCAAGAAGUUACAAGACGAGUCCGGCAAGGUUGGAGAGAGUGAUGCGCUCAAGAAAGCCAAGGAGGCCUUUGAGAAGGCAAAGGUAAAAAAAAAUGUGGCAACAGAAAAGAUUAAACAGACUGCAGAACACUUCAAGAAGGCAUCAGAAAAGAUCGGUGAAACUGUUAGUGAAACAUUGAAAGGUGCUGCUGAGAAUGAGUUUGUGAAGGGAUCUAAAGAAAAGACUGGAAAGGUGUUUGCUGAGACAAUGGAUUCUACUACAAAGCCUAUUCGUGAUAAUGAAUACUUCAAGAAUGUGAAAGAGUCUGUCGAGACUGUGAUCCAGGACACAGAGUCCAGGUAUGGAGGAUACAUCUCCAAAGCUGCUCGUCGAAAGGCUCGUGGAUUAGAUGUCAACUUCAGUCCCAAGGAUGCACAGAAAGCUGCCCAGGCUGCUGUUCCUGAAACAAAGGAAGAUGUCAACGCUGGAGAAUCUAUGGUGCUCCAUAAGGAUUCUGCAUGGAAGGAGACUUGGAGCAAAUUCAAGGAUACCAACCCUGUCAUGCAAAGCGUAUUUAGUAUGAAGAAGAACUAUGAGGACAGCGACAAUGUUUUUGUUGCUUGGGCUCGUGUGGUCACUGACAAGAUUGCAGAUGCAUGGGUCUCAAUGAUGGACGAAACUGAGAAUGCCAAGACGAUCAGAGCUCUGCAGAUGAUUGAUCCUAACUUCAAGAUGGAUGCUUUCAUGAAGGAGUGCCGCGAGUUCAUUAUUCCUGAGGUCAUGGAUGCAGUCUUGAACACAGACUCGGAGAUGUUGCACGAGUGGUGCUCAGAAGCGACCUAUAAUGUCUUGACAGCAGGGUUCCAAGCACAGAUUGCUCAGGGACUGGUCAGUGAUUGCAAGAUCUUGGAGCUGCGUAAUGUAGAGUUGGUCUCUGCAAAGGUCUUGGAGAAUGAUGUCCCUGUAUUGAUCAUUUCCUUCAAUACUCAGGAGGUGACAGUUUUCCGCAACCGAGUGACACGCGAGGUCGUGUUUGGAAAGGAGGAUGCUAUCGAGGAGGCCACCUAUGCAUGUGUCAUGACCAUCACUCCCGAGAACCUCAAAAAUCCCUUGACUAGAGGAGUUCGCAUCAUGGAUAUGGCCAAGCAUAACAGCCGUGCCUACAUUUAA